CAUCCUAUGCUAAGCCACCCUAGUCCCCUGAGCUUCCUGGCAGCUCAGUCAACAAGGGCAACUGCCCACCCCACAUUCCUCCAAGUCAGGAAAGUGCACACAGGCACGAGGAGAUUCAUCACCUGGGUGGCCUCAUGAGCUAGGAGGUCAAGGACCAGUUUGUAACCAACUUAGGAAGGGUCUCCUGGCCAUUGAACUCGCUGGUUGGGUGACUAGGAUGGUCUGAAAGCAACUCUGCUGCCUCCCCACUCCCGGAUUCAAAAGUGCCUCAGCCACAAGCAGUUGGAAACUGAGGAAACUGAGCCAGGUGCCAGCCAGGUGAGGGUCCUCAGCAUCACUGCCAGCCGCCUACAUGCGGAGAGAGAAGGGGUCGGGAGGAUUGACUCCAGGCAACCACUGAGAAGAGGUGCCUUGGUGUUGGGUCUGUGUGUGUGUGUGUGUGUGUAUGGUACAUGUAGUAAUGUGUGUGUAUAUGUGUUUUUGCGGGUGUGUAAAUGUGUGUGUGCAUGUGCUGUGUGUCAGUCUUUGAGCAAGUGGGUAGUGUCUGAAUGUGUGAGUGUGUGAUCUGUGUCUGUGUGUACUGAGUGUACUAGUAUGAAAAGUGGGACAUGGAGAACUCAUCCCCCCCAACCUCCCUGUUGUCCCUCUGAUCGUUGUGCCCUCCCUGAGAGUGCCAGUAAAAAACCUGGGAGGUGAAGGUCACUCAGGAGGAGGCAGGUGAGACAUCGGAAGGCAAGAAUGUGUUCUGGGGAUGAGGCUGUGACCACGUUAGGGAGUGUGAGCCUGAUAUGACAGGUGGGGGGAGGGUCAAGUCCAAAGACCCCUGGUGCUUCCUCGGAGCCUGCACAAUGCUGGGGAGUAGGCUGGGAGUGGGGACAUAUUGUCUCUCCCCCACCCCCACCCAGGAUAUGCACCAGGAAAGGGCAGCAGGGACAGGACAUCUGUGGCCUCCCCUGCACUGAGCUUCCCCUGCCCCCCCUGCACCCUCUGGCAGCUCAGUCACGCCAAGAAGUUGGCUCAGGGUAGAGGACAAAGGCCAGUCUCAGCUCCCUUCAUAAAGAGGGCCCAGGCUGCUCAGCCCUCAGGGUUGGUGAGAGUGCCCUGCCUGGCCAGGACCUAGGUGCCUGGUGUGGUGAGGGGUCCAGUGUGUCCAGAGGAGCCCAGUGCUCACUGAGGCAGCCAUGGGGCUGCUGACCGGGGAGACCCUGGGGCCCCUGGCCGUGGCCGUGGCCAUCUUCCUGCUCCUGGUGGACCUGAUGCACCGACGCCACCGCUGGGCCCCACGCUACCCACCAGGCCCCAUGCCCCUGCCUGGGCUGGGCAACCUGCUGCAGGUGGACUUCCAGGACACGCAUUGCUGCUUUACUCAGCUGCGGCGCCGCUUCGGGGACGUGUUCAGCCUGCAGCUGGCCUGGACGCCCGUGGUCGUAGUCAACGGGCUGGCGGCCAUACGCGAGGCGCUGGUCGACCACAGCGACGACACCUCCGACCGCCCACCUGCGCCCAUCUUCGAGCACUUGGGCUUUGGGCCGCGCUCCGAAGGGGUGGUCUUUGCCCGCUAUGGACCCGCUUGGCGGGAGCAGCGGCGCUUCUCCGUGUCCACCCUGCGCAACUUCGGCCUGGGCAAGAAGUCACUGGAGCAGUGGGUGACCGAGGAGGCCUCGUGCCUCUGCGCCGCCUUCGCAGACCAGGCCGGACGCCCCUUUAGCCCCAACGCCCUCCUGAAUAAAGCGGUGGGCAACGUGAUCGCCUCCCUCACCUUUGGACGCCGUUUCCAGUACCACGACCCGCGCUUCAACAAGCUAUUGGACCGAACACUGUACUUUCUGAAGGAAGACACAGGCUUCCUGCCAGAGGUGCUGAACACGAUCCCCGGGCUCCUGCGAAUUCCGGGGCUGACUGCCAAGAUCUUUCCUGGGCAUAGGGCCUUCAUGGCCCUGCUGGAUGAGCUGAUUGCUGAGCACAGGAUGACACGGGACCCGGCCCAGCCUCCCCGAGACCUGACUGACACCUUCGUGGACCAGGUGGAGAAGGCCAAGAGGAACCCCGAGAGCAGCUUCAAUGAUGAGAACCUGCGCCAGGUAGUGACUGACCUGUUCACUGCUGGGAUGGUGACCACCUCGACCACACUGGCCUGGGCCCUCCUGCUCAUGAUCCUGCAUCCGGACGUGCAGCGCCGUGUCCAACAGGAGAUCGAUGAGGUGAUAGGACAGGCACGGCGCCCAGAGAUGGGGGACCAGACCCACAUGCCCUUCACCAUGGCCGUGGUCCAUGAGGUGCAGCGCUUUGGGGACAUCAUCCCACUGGGCUUGCCCCACAUGACAUCCCGUGACAUUGAAGUGCAAGGCUUCCUCAUCCCCAAGGGGACAACACUCAUCACCAACCUGUCAUCGGUGCUGAAGGACGAGACCGUCUGGAAGAAGCCCUUCCGCUUCCACCCCGAGCACUUCCUGGACGCCCAGGGCCGCUUCGUCAAGCAGGAGGCCUUCAUGCCCUUCUCAGCAGGCCGCCGCUCGUGCCUCGGGGAGCCCCUGGCCCGCAUGGAGCUCUUCCUCUUCUUCACUUGCCUCCUGCAGCGCUUCAGCUUCUCGGUGCCUGCUGGGCAGCCCCGCCCCAGUCGCCAUGGCAUCUUUGGCAUCGUGGUGAACCCGUGCCCUUACCAGCUCCUUGCUGUGCCCCGCUAGAGGGGGACGCCAACCCCCUAACCUGCUCCUUGAAGGGGCCCUGGUGUCCAAUAAACCAGUGUGAUGGCUCCAACAUGGCUUGAGUCCCACCUGGGCCCCCUGAUCAGCCCCUGGCAGAGAGGCAGCCUCAGCAGCCUCCCCAAGGCCAGCUCCUACCCCUGCCUGAUCCAGCCUCACCUGCCAUUUGACCCCAUUUGAGAGAUGGGGAUACUGAGGCUCAGAAGGGACAGCUUACCCCCUAGUCUCCCAUGGAGACCCAGAACUGGCUGCCCUGGUUGGUGACUAAGUCCAUGUAGAAGUCUUGACUCCUGGGUGUCAGGAAGCAUGAGGAGUGUGAAUGGGCUUCUGAUAGGAAUCAGCCCAAUCCCUGGCUGGGUGAGCACCCUCAGCUUCAGGGAUUCACUACAAGGACUCACAGGAGUCAGAAAAGCUGUUACACUCACAGUUAUCGUUUUUCCAGAGAAAGGAUCGCGAUAGAAUCAGCAGUGGUCAAAGGCACAUAGGGCUGGCCCGGUGGCUUAGCAGUUAAGUGCGCGCGCUCCGCUACUGGUGGCCCGGAUUCGGCUCCCGGGUGUGGACCAACGCACCGCUUCUCCGGCCAUGCUGAGGCCGCGUCCCACAUACAGCAACUAGAAGGGUGUGCAACUAUGACAUACAACUAUCUACUGGGGCUAUGGGGGAAGAAAAAAGGAGGAGGAUUGGCAAUAGAUGUUAGCUCAGAGCCGGUCUUCCUCAGCAAAAAGAGGAGGAUUAGCAUGAAUGUUAGCUCAGGGCUGAUCUUCCUCACCAAAAAAAAAAAAAGGCACAUAGGUGGAGUUCAGGAAGAGCGGGCACAAGCUUCCAGCUGUCUCUCCCAGAGGAUUUGUGCAGACAGUGCUCAGUUCUCCCAGCAAUGAUGUGGGACACAGCAGAGAGUAUCGCUCACCAGGGAACCUGACCCAAGUCUGGGUGUCCAGGGAUUUUGUUGGGGAUCAGUCACUUAGAUUCGGAGAGCCUCGUGGCUGACCUCAGUUACUCAGUGUCCAGCCCCUGUCAAGGUUGAACAGUGUGGCCCCAGGUCCCCCCCCCCAUCAAUCACAUUGUUGGCAGAAACUUUGUGGUGUGACCCCAGGCCCCAGGUACAGAGAUACUCUUGUCAGGCAGGUCAUCCCAAGGGUGUAGGGGAUGUUUCCCCAGAGCUUGUCAAGGGCCAGGCGCUGUUUUUGGAAUGUGCAGGGAUGGAAAACCCCAAACCUGAGUAAACUUUUUACUGCACAGGCCACCCCCCUGGUUUUUGGCUCCUACAGCAAAAUGGUCACAUUUCUUUGAGUAUCUACAUUUUGUGUGUAUAUGAAGUAAAAUACACACAACAUAAAAUUUGCCAUCUUAAUUAUUUUUGUGUACAGUUCAAUCCUAUUUAGUUCUCAUAUUGUUAUGUAACCAUCACCGCAUCCAUCUCCAGGACUCUUUUCACCUUCAAAAGUGAAACUCUGUCCCCCUUAGACAAUAACUCCCCAUGCCCCCUCCCCAUAGCCCCCUGCAAUCACCAGUCUGCUUUCUGUCUCUAUGAAUUUGACUAUCUAGGGGCCUCACAUAAGUGGAAUCAUACAGUAUUUGCCUUUUUGUUACUGACUUUUUCACUUAACACGAUGUCCUCAGGGUUCAUCUAUGUUGUGACAUGUGUCAGAAUUUCUUUCCUUUUUUUAGGCUGAAUAAUACUCCAUUGUAUGUAUACACCACAUUUGCUUAUCCC